CUCGUUUCUGGACUUGAAAGAAAACGACAAUGGCGCUGAUGAGUUGUACGGCCACGCUGGCUCGUCCUCUUGGCGGCGAUCUGCUGUGCGGCGGCGGCUGCGGCUGCGAUGGCAAACUGUGCGACGCUAGGUGCGGCAUUGAGGUUCGCACAGCUGCUGCUGCUGCCGAAGUUAUUGUUUCUUGUGGCAGCAGCAGCUUCCGCCCCCCCAGGGCCUCCUCUUGCUCUUCCACCUCCCCACCUUCACAUAUUCCUACACCUGCGGCUCCAAUCAAUCUUGUCAGUAAUCUAAUCAGUAAUCCUGUCAGAAAUGUAAUCAGGAAUCCUGUCAGUAGUCGUGUCAGAGAUGGACGAGGAUGUCAUAUAACCAACACGACUGUUGUCGCACAUGGCGGGCUAAUCGGCGUCGCACACGUGGCAGGCUGUCGUACAUUGCUCGGGGCAGUACCGACAACAACGUUGCUGCAAGCGGUUUCUAGAUGCUUCCCAACUCCUAUGAGCGACAAGAGGACGAAAGCCAACGUUUCUUCUGCUACAUCCUCUUCUUCUCCUUCUCCUUCUCCUUCUCCUUCUCCUUCUCCUUCUUCGUCGUCUCUAUCUUCGCCGGCUUCUGAAUCUCCAUUAGCGUCUUCAUUCACUGAAUCAUGGGAGAUCGGGACAUCGAGAGGCGAGCGGUCAAAUCCCCCUACCUCACGUGUACGUGCCUCCUCCUCCUCCUCUUCUUCGUCUCCGCAGUCGGGAUCCUUGACCCGCGAGACCGGUGGAGGUCUCCUCCUCGACGAGUUGCCUGAACCCACUGCCAUAUUAUCUGCCUCUCCCAUGACCUACUUCUCUAAGACGCCCUCCACCACCACCUCCUCCUCCUCCUCCUCCUCCUCCUCCUCUUCUUGUUGUGUGGAGACUGCUCAGGGCACAUUUUUGAGUAACUGGGUGAGCAGCGGGAUGAGCCUAGCGGCUCCCACGCCGUCCGAUUUCCGAUCUCGUUAUGCUGAUAACGAGCCCCGUAAGGGUUGCGAUAUUCUGAUCGAGGCUUUGGAAAGGGAGGGCGUGCGCCACGUGUUCGCGUAUCCGGGCGGCUCUUCGAUCGAGAUUCAUCAAGCUUUGACGCGAUCCCAAUCAAUCAAGAACGUUCUCUGCCGCCACGAACAAGGGGAGGUGUUUGCCGCCGAGGGGUAUGCGAAAGCCUCAGGUCGUGUGGGUGUGUGCAUCGCGACAUCCGGACCAGGUGCAACGAAUCUAGUCACCGGACUUGCCGAUGCCUUGAUGGACAGCGUCCCGCUCGUCGCCAUCACCGGCCAAGUGCCACGUAGGAUGAUCGGGACCGACGCUUUCCAGGAGACCCCGAUCGUCGAGGUCACAAGAUCGAUCACCAAGCAUAAUUACCUGGUGAUGAGCGUGGACGAGAUCCCGACGGUAAUCAGGGAGGCGUUCUUCUUGGCGGCCUCGGGAAGGCCAGGACCGGUCCUUGUCGACAUUCCCAAGGACAUUCAACAAGCGAUGAACGUACCUGAUUGGUCGUCAAGGAUGCGGCUGCAGAACUACUUGGAUCGAUUGCCAGGUGUCCCAUCUACAGAGCAAUUAGAUCAGAUCGUACGGCUGCUGCAGAGCUCAAAGAGGCCGGUACUCUACGUGGGAGGGGGGUGUGUGAAUGCAUCAGAUGAGCUUCGAGAGUUCGUCACGAUGACAGGAGUGCCCGUCGCGCACACGUUGAUGGGUCAUGGAGUGUUUCCCGCCAAAAGUCCCCUCUGUCUGCAGAUGCUCGGGAUGCACGGAACUGUCUGGGCUAAUUACGCGGUUCAGGAGAGCGACCUCCUCUUGGCUUUUGGCGCGAGAUUCGAUGAUAGGGUGACCGGUAAGGUGGACCUGUUUGCCACCAAGGCCAACAUCGUCCACGUGGACAUCGAUCCCGCCGAGCUGGGCAAGAUCAAGACGCCUCAUCUUGCCGUCUUCGCCGAUGUCAAGGCAGCUCUGGGUGAAUUGAACAGAAUUCUCCGCUCCAGCAUGCCCAAGUUGGACUUCACACCAUGGGUCAGCGAAUUGGAGUACCAGAAGAAGGAGUAUCCGAUGACGUAUCCGCAAAGCAAGGAGGGAGGAGGGGAGGGGGAGGGGGAGGAGGGAGAAGAAACCAUAGCCCCCCAGCACGCCAUAGCUAUGUUGCGGAAGCUGACCAAAGGACAAGUCAUCAUAUCCACAGGAGUAGGUCAACAUCAAAUGUGGACCGCCCAGUUCUUCGGAUUUGACCAUCCAAGAAGAUUGCUCACGUCAGGAGGUCUCGGAACGAUGGGGUUCGGCCUGCCAGCUGCGUUAGGUGCGGCCGUCGCAUCGCCUGGCUUACCUGUGAUUGACAUAGACGGCGACGGCAGUUUCAUAAUGAACGUACAGGAACUGGCGACGAUCAAGGUGGAAAAACUUCCCGUGAAGAUUAUGAUUCUGAACAAUCAGUACCUUGGCAUGGUCAGGCAAUGGGAGGAUCGAUUCUACAAGGGUAAUCAUGCACAUACCUAUUUGGGGGAGGAUUUUGAUUCUGAAUCAGGUAUCUUCCCAGAUUUCCGCAAGUUUGCAGAAGGCUGCAAGGUAAUUUCUUUGGCCUACUGGAGGGUCUGAGUAGGGUCUGUCAUUUGGAUCAUCUGUCAAAAUGUUGCUAAGGUACAGAGAAGGUUAACCCUGGCCGCUGCAGAAGAGAGCGGGAGGAAAAAUCAAAUGAAAAGAAAGAAGGGGAGGAAAAAUCAAAUGAAAGGAAAAAG